AAUAGUUACUCUGUAAUCGCCGGUAUAUUUUAGGCUACGUGUCUUAGUUGUUUUUCGUUGACAUUAAAGUGUGAGAUAAAUCACACAUUUAAAAUGAACCGGGGAUCGAAAAUAUUGAAUAGUAAAGUUGCUGGUUACAGCAGCCUUAUAACAUUUGCUGUCUUACUAAUUGCUUGGAUAGCCGGAUUUUCGUCCCGUUUAUUUGCCGUCAUAAGAUUUGAAUCGAUAAUACAUGAAUUCGACCCAUGGUUCAAUUACCGAGCAACUGCCUACAUGGUGCAACAUGGCUGGUAUAAAUUUCUUAAUUGGUUUGAUGAGCGUGCCUGGUAUCCACUCGGUCGCAUCGUUGGAGGCACUGUAUACCCUGGAUUAAUGAUAACAUCUGGUGGCAUCCAUUAUCUAUUACAUAUAUUGAACAUUCCCGUACACAUACGUGACAUAUGUGUCUUUCUGGCACCAGUUUUUAGUGGCCUCACGUCUAUUUCAACGUAUCUACUAACAAAGGAACUUUGGUCGCCUGGCGCUGGAUUAUUUGCUGCAAGCUUUAUUGCCAUAGUGCCCGGUUAUAUUAGUCGCUCUGUUGCAGGCUCUUAUGAUAACGAAGGAAUAGCCAUAUUCGCAUUACAGUUCACAUACUUCUUAUGGGUAAGAUCUGUUAAGACUGGAUCCGUAUUUUGGUCAGCUGGCGCAGCGAUAUCCUACUUUUAUAUGGUUUCGGCUUGGGGAGGAUAUGUAUUUAUUAUCAACCUGAUUCCAUUGCAUGUUUUUAUGCUCCUGAUAAUGGGACGCUACUCCCCGCGACUUCUAACCAGCUACAGCACUUUCUAUAUUCUCGGACUGCUGUUCUCCAUGCAAAUACCGUUUGUUGGAUUUCAACCGAUUCGCACAAGUGAACAUAUGGCGGCAAUGGGUGUUUUUGUGUUACUCAUGGCUGUUGCUGCUCUGCGCCACUUGCAAACUGUUUUGUCAAGAAAUGAAUUUAAGAAAUUAUUUAUUGUUGGCGGAUUACUAUCAGCAGUCUUAGUGUUCGUUGCCGUCGUUGUGCUAACUAUGAUGGGCGUUGUUGCACCAUGGAGUGGAAGAUUUUACUCACUUUGGGAUACCGGCUAUGCUAAAAUUCAUAUUCCCAUUAUUGCAUCUGUAUCCGAACAUCAGCCUACCACGUGGUUUUCCUUCUUCUUUGAUCUGCACAUUCUUGUGUGUGCAUUUCCUGUCGGCCUGUGGUAUUGUGUAAAGCGGGUCAAUGACGAACGCGUUUUUGUGAUACUUUACGCCAUAAGCGCUGUCUAUUUCGCCGGUGUGAUGGUCCGUUUAAUGUUGACCCUAACUCCUGUUGUGUGCAUGCUUGCUGGUGUAGCAUUUUCUGGACUGUUAGAUGUGUUCCUGCAAGAAGACUCGUCUAAACGAUUGGCAAACACGGUUAACUCUGUACAAGAAAUUGAUGAGCAGGAGGAAUCAUUGGAGAAAAAAAGCUUGUAUGAUAAGGCCGGAAAGUUAAGGCACCGAACCAAACAUGAUCCCACUCACGAGACUGGCAUAAGCUCAAAUUUGAAAAGUAUCGUAAUUUUGGCGGUUCUAAUGAUAUUAAUGAUGUUUGCUGUACAUUGCACAUGGGUAACAAGUAAUGCAUAUUCGAGCCCGUCUAUUGUUCUUGCUUUUCAUAAUAGCCAGGAUGGUUCACGAAAUAUAUUAGAUGACUUUAGAGAAGCGUAUUACUGGCUCUCUCAAAACACGGCAGAUGACGCUCGUAUUAUGUCAUGGUGGGAUUAUGGGUACCAAAUUGCCGGGAUGGCUAACAGAACAACAUUAGUCGAUAAUAAUACUUGGAAUAAUAGCCAUAUAGCCCUAGUUGGAAAGGCAAUGUCGUCGACUGAAGAAAAGUCCUACGAAAUAAUGACAUCUUUGGACGUGGACUAUGUUCUAGUAAUAUUUGGAGGUGUGAUUGGAUAUUCCGGUGAUGAUAUAAACAAGUUCCUUUGGAUGGUACGCAUCGCGGAAGGAGAACAUCCAAAAGAUAUCAAGGAAAGCGAUUUCUUUACGGAUCGCGGUGAAUUUAGAGUUGAUGCAGAGGGAGCUCCGGCAUUACUGAAUUGUCUGAUGUACAAAUUGAGCUACUAUCGGUUUGGCGAGUUAAAAUUGGAUUACAGGGGACCUUCUGGAUACGAUCGGACUCGCAAUGCUGUAAUUGGCAAUAAAGAUUUUGAAUUGACAUAUUUGGAGGAAGCUUAUACAACAGAACAUUGGCUCGUUCGGAUCUAUAGAGUAAAGAAGCCCUUUGAAUUUAAUAGACCAUCGUUAAAAGCCAAAGAUAGACUUAUCCCACCAACAAACUUUAUAUCUCGAAAGAACCUUAAAAGGCGCAAAGGACUUAUUCGCAAUCGACCAAUGGUUGUUAAAGGAAAAAGGACUUUAAAAUAAAGUAUAUUGAUAUAAAUGUGACUGCAAUAAAAAGUUCAAUAAAUAAAUAAAAGAUUUACUAAA